AUGUGGGUGUGGCGACGGGCAGCAGCACACACGGCUGUUGAUCUGUUCGCCAAGCUGGGCAACUGGCUUGCAGACGUUUCGUCCCCAUGCAAGGAGAUGUCAAAGACGGCAAUGACCAGCGCAGCUGAGCUUGCUGGUAAUGGCUUUCAUACUUCGCUGCCAAGUGAUUGUUUGACCGCCUCUGGCUCUCUUCCACCCUUCACGUGGUUGUGCUAA